UAACUAAACCCUCUCCCUCGCUGCCUCUCACACUCCCCUCCUUCUCUCCCUCUCUACCCUUUCCCCAUUCUGCUUACUCCGAUCCCUCAUUCCACAACCAUGGCAACAACCUACGACUACGACGACGCUCCGACCAGACACGAUGAACAAACCGGUCCAGACGGUUACGACCCAAACUUCGUCCCGGACUCCGUCAAGUCCUUCGUAACACACUUGUACAGGCACAUAAGAGAAAAAAACGUGUACGAUAUUUACGAGAUGUACGAAACCUCUUUCCAAACACUUUCCGACCGUUUCUUCAAAGACAGCCCUUGGCCUUCAGUAGAUGCGGUUGCUAAUUAUGUCGACAAUGAUCAUGUUUUUUGCUUGCUUUAUCGUGAGAUGUGGUUUAGGCAUUUGUAUGCAAGACUUUCUCCUACGCUUAAGCAGCGGAUUGAUAGUUGGGAUAAUUAUUGCAAUAUUUUUCAGGUGGUGUUGCAUGGAGUGGUGAAUAUGCAAUUGCCGAAUCAGUGGUUAUGGGAUAUGGUGGAUGAGUUUGUGUAUCAGUUUCAGAGUUUUUGUCAGUAUAGGGCUAAAAUGAAGAACAAGACUGAGCAAGAGAUUGCCCUUUUGAGGCAAUUUGAUCAGGCUUGGAAUGUGUAUGGAGUGCUGAACUUCUUGCAAGCACUGGUGGAGAAGUCGAUGAUCAUUCAGAUUCUAGAGCGGGAGAAGGAAGGUCUUGAACAAUUCACUGCUACUGAUGGGUAUGAUUACAGUGGUGGAAGUAAUGUCUUGAAGGUUUUGGGAUAUUUCAGCACAGUUGGUUUGCUACGAGUUCAUUGCCUCUUGGGUGACUAUCAUACUGGCCUGAAGUGCUUACUUCCUAUUGACAUUAAUCAACAUGGUGUCUAUGCCACUGUUAUUGGAAGCCAUAUCAGUACAAUAUACCAUUAUGGUUUUGCCAAUCUUAUGUUGAGGAGGUAUGUGGAUGCUAUUCGUGAAUUCAAUAAAAUUCUCCUGUACAUAUACAAGACUAAGCAGUAUCAUCAGAAAUCUUCACAAUAUGAGCAGAUACUAAAGAAGAAUGAACAGAUGUAUGCUUUGCUGGCAAUUUGUCUCUCUCUUUGCCCACAAGUGAAGCUUAUUGACGAGACAGUCAACGCACAAUUAAGGGAGAAGUAUGGUGAAAAGAUGGCUAGAAUGCAAAGAUGUGACGGCGAGGCAUUUGCUAUCUAUGAUGAGCUCUUCUCGUAUGCAUGCCCGAAGUUCAUUACUCCCUCAGCUCCAAGUUUUGAAGAGCCUCUUGUAAACUACAACCAGGAUGCUUACAGACUGCAACUGAAGUUGUUUCUUUACGAAGUAAAACAGCAACAAUUGUUGUCAGGUGUUAGAACCUUCCUGAAAGUGUAUUCUUCUAUAUCCGUUGGGAAGCUUGCUAAUUACAUGGAAGUUGAUGAACCAACUCUAAGGACUAUCCUGAUGACAUACAAGCACAAGACUCAUGCUGUUGAUUCUGAGGCAAAGAUUAUAUUGAAUGCUGAUGUGGAUUUCUACAUUGAUGAUGACAUGAUUCACGUUGUUGACACCAAACCGGUGAGGCGAUAUGGCGAUUACUUUUUGCGGCAAAUUGUCAAGCUUGAAGGGGUGAUAAAUGAUAUGGAUAGGAUAAAGCUGGAAUGAGGCACAUAACUCCUUGGAAUUUGACCUACCAGAAAUUGCAUCCAGUGACUUCAUUUUUGACUGGGAUUUUGUUACUAAUGUUGGCAUUUUUUCUGCCUUGUCUAUUUUUAAUUUCUGAAUUAGUGCAACUGUGUUAGCUCUGAAGUGUAAUCUUCAGCCCCUGCAUUUUGGGCCCAAAAAAGAAGAGAGAAAUCAGGUUGAAGGAUCCUUGUCGGCUUCAUGUUGUUGCUAUGCGAUUCCCAUAGUUCAUGAGAUAUACAAGUGGCACAAUUUUUUGUACCUGGAAUGAUUUUAUGCUUCUGUCAUUGUGAUAAUGAUGCACACUGGGAUGCCCACCAGAGAAAUGAACAAGCUGUGAUGGAAACAAAAAAAUGGUGGAACGGGAGAUAUGUUUGUAGAAUUGCAGCUGAAAGUGGAAUCUAGCUUCCACACCUGCCAUUGUCCUGUCUAGUACUUGGUCGUGAAAUGGUCGGGUUGGAUGUCUUUGUCUGUUGCCCUACGGUACUGUGUUGCUUUCCUUGUGCCAUUACGAGGGCGAGAUGGAUUUCCUUCUAUCAUGUAUUGCCUUAAUUGGUUCGGACGAACAACUACAUAAAGCUGUCUUUGGAUUGAUAUUGCCUCUAAUUGUUUUUUGGUAUUUUUAAAUUGUUUUGAUGUAUUAAUGUAAAAAAUAAAUUUUAAAUUGGUUAUUAUUUCUGUC